GUUAGCACAACCAGCCAAUGAGUCGAUGCAGGGGUCAUUGAUCCCUUCCCCAGAAAACAAACAAAGGAGAAGAAAUCCUUUUGACCCCCACAAAUUUUCCCAUGCCAUGCUCGAUCAUCCGGGAAUUGGUUUCUAGCUUUUUCCCCCAUUUCUGAUCCAUUCAUUUCUUUGAUGGGUUUUGGGGGGUCAUGGGUUGCAUUAGCUCCAAACAGGCCAGGUCUAGGAAAAAAUCGCCUGUUUUUGAUUCCCCUGUGGAUGUGAUUGUCAGCAAGGACGACGAUGGGGAUAAUGGGCGCCCUGCUAUUUUGGAUUCCUCAUUGAAGUUUCAUUCUAAUGUUGGGUUUGGGACGUUAGAGAAGAUCAGGGAGGAAUCUGAAAAGGAGGAGGAUGAAUCCGUAACGCAGCCGCCACCGGUGCGGCAUCAUGCUAGUGGCCCCCAUUCAGGCCACCACCAUUCCAGGUCUGCCAAGAAGGCUUCCUCUGCCUCCGUUAAAAAGUCUGCCUUUAGCCUCAAAUUUGGAAGGUUAACAGAAGGUGAGCAUGUUGCAGCAGGCUGGCCCGCUUGGCUUACUGCGGUGGCCGGGGAAGCCAUUGCUGGCUGGCUGCCCCUCAGGUCUGAUUCAUUUGAGAGAUUAGAGAAGAUUGGACAAGGUACUUACAGCAGUGUGUAUCGUGCACGUGAUAAUGAGACUGGUAAGAUGGUAGCCCUGAAGAAGGUGCGUUUUGACAAUUUCCAACCAGAAAGUGUCAGAUUUAUGGCACGAGAAAUAACAAUCCUUCGCCAACUUGACCAUCCAAACAUCAUGAAACUGGAGGGGAUAAUAACGUCUCGCUUAUCAUGUAGCAUAUACCUUGUCUUUGAGUACAUGGAACAUGAUCUCUCUGGUCUAUUAUCUUGCCCCGGCAUCAAGUUUACUGAAUCACAGAUUAAAUGCUAUAUGCGCCAACUAGUAAGUGGCGUAGAGCAUUGCCAUUCACGAGGAAUUAUGCAUCGAGACAUUAAAGCAUCAAAUAUCUUGGUGAACAACGAAGGAAUAUUGAAGAUAGCAGAUUUCGGUCUGGCAAAUUUUCUUAGUGCAAGGAAUAAGCAACCACUGACUAGUCGUGUUGUCACUCUAUGGUAUCGGCCUCCUGAACUUCUGUUGGGGUCCACAAAUUAUGGGCUAACAGUGGAUUUAUGGAGCUUGGGAUGUGUUUUUGCAGAACUUUUCAUUGGGAGGCCCCUUCUUAAGGGAAGAACUGAGGUUGAACAGUUGCACAAAAUCUUUAAACUUUGUGGUUCUCCACCUGAUGAAUACUGGAAACAGUCCAAACUUCCUCUUGCAACCAUGUUCAAACCCCAGCAUCCUUAUGAAAGUACACUUCGUGAAAGAUGUAAAGAGUUCCCCAAGACAGCAGUUAACCUCAUUGAAACCCUUCUUUCAAUGGACCCCCAAAAACGUGGAACUGCUUCAGCUGCCCUCGAGUCUGAGUAUUUCAAUACGAAGCCUUAUGCAUGUGAUCCAUCAAGCAUGCCGAAGUAUCCUCCAAAUAAAGAGAUUGAUGCAAAAUUCCGUGAAGAAGCAAAAAGGAAAAAGGUUGGAAGCACAGUCAGAGCAUCUGGAGCCUCGAGAAAUACGAGAAGAGGUCGCAAAAGUGCUCAAGAACCAAGCAACUUCUUUAAAGUUGUUCCAACAGAGGAGGUUGAUCCCAUUACUCAAGCUACUCGAAGAAACAACAGUGGUAGUAAGGGCAAAGGGGCAACUGUAUCCUGGAUGUCUCUGAAGCCAUCUGACACGGUGUCAGAGGCUUCUCAAAUGACAGAAGAAUCUCACGAUGAUAGCAUUCGUUCGGUCCCAAUAGAAAUGCCAGCAUCAAGUAAUUUUGCAUGGGCAAAAAGGCGAAAACAGGAUGCAUCCAGAAAGAUAUAUGGUAAUGCCAACAUGAGAACUCAGAAGCCGAGUGCAUUUGAUCAUUCCAGUGUACUGCAAGUAGAGGCCAUCUUCGAAUCAGAAGAGCAAGAGUACGAUGAUUUGUCAAGCAGGGCUGGUGCUGACGAGAUUGCAAAGCGUGCUAUGCAGAAGCAACGAAUGAGGCCUCAUCGACUAGAUUCUUUUGAAUCAUCUGAUAUGUACGAGAAUCAGGAAUUGCAAAUGGAUUAUAAUAGCCAACAAGGGCGGGUUAAAUCAGGACCUUUGGCAUAUCAGCCCCAUAGAAUCGACGCAAGGCAAGACAGUCAGAUCCAUCACCCUAUUCGUAGAUCCCGGUUCUCCAGAGAUUUGUAAUUCAAGGGCCGGGGAUGCAUGUUUCUGCAAAUAUUCUAGUGCUCUGAAGAGGCUGUAGUGGAAGUUUUAUUGCCCCUGGAGAUUCUUGAGGAGUCCUUGGGUUGGGAGUCCAAACCACUGCUCGUUGCUGACAGGCAUAUAUGGUGCUACCUUCGCAAGGUUUUUCUUUUCGGCUCUGCUAAUUUUGAGUCAGCAUUUCAACUGUUAGACUCGAGCUCAAGUUUAGAGCCCAAAAGACUUUCAAGAUUAAAGAAUCAACAAAGAAGGUUGAUCAAAUUUAGAUUAAACUAAAGCAAACAAAAAAAGAAAAAGAAAAGGGCAAAUCAUCAGAGCAUAAUUAGGAGGAUCAUCUCAUGCAGCAUGUAGUAGUGGACGUAAGAAGAACUUGGGAUUCACUAUAGAUAUAGUGAGGCUGACAGAAUUCAGACACGGUCAACUGCUGAUGCUGAUCCUUUCCUGCGGUGAAGUACAACAAUUACAACGUGUUGUACAAAUGACAAAGCUCAUGCUUUUGUACCACUGAGACGAUAAUGUAAAGAUUCUUUUUUCCCCCUCCUGACUUACUCCAGAGCACCUGCACCCUUGCCUUGCUGACACCCAAGAAAGAUUGCUUGACAACAUUUCCAUGACCCUUGUGAUUUUCCUUCAUUUUUGCUCCUUUUUUUUUUUUUCUCUGUGUCCUCUUCUUUUAAUUAAUUUUCUUUG